UAUGCCUCAGGUGCGGCCCUAGAAAAGAUAAAAAGAAGAAAAAUAGAGUAUUUCCCAAAGCUGACACUGCAUAGGAGUCAUUUGAGAACUUGUUUGCAACCCUUAGAGAUUUUGAUCUGGUGGGAUUGGGGAUCCAGGAGACCCUAAAAUACAUAGACCUCACACCUUAAAAACAUUAAUGAAAAAUAAGGAGUUUUGUCAUUUUCGGUUCCCAGCAGGUAAAAGAGACAGUGGCUGGGGACAGGUCUGCUGGUGCCCCUCUGAUAGAGGCCUGGAGCUGGCACCUUGGUAACCGCAUCCUGAAAACCUGCCCCGGACUUUGCUUUCUCCUUGGCAUUGGCAGCCUGCCCUGAUGCAGGCAAGGUCAAGCCUGCAGGUGGUAGCUCCAGGUGUUUCUCUUCAGUUCUCUCCCAUCCCACUUUGCUUUGUUCUCUGGCACCUGGGGCACUUGCUCUGUUGAGCAGAGCCUCACAAAUUUGAGCAUCAGAAUUUUUCAAGCUAUGUAUUCCUGACUAUCAACCUGAGAGCUUCAGAUUCCAUAGGUUUGUGGUGGGGCCCAGGAAUAUGCAUUUGUAACAAGCAUCCAAGUGAUACGGAAGCUGCUGGCCUGUGGACCGCAGAGGACAAGCCAAUCAGGGACUCAGGGGCUGAACAAUAAAAUGUUAUUCACUAGAAUUUCUAUUUAGAAAUGCACAUGUGGCUGCAGUAGUAGUAAUAGCAUUGCUAGUGGCAGCGGUAAUAAUUAGAAGAAAAAGAGCAGGAUUAAUAAUAACAAAAAUAAAUACCUGAGGACCAUUUUUAUUUCCGUGUUUUGACCAAAGUCUUGAACACGGUCUUGCCAGAACAGAGACAAGAUUUCAGGUGCAAAAACGGUAUGAAAUCCCAAAUUUCAAAAAUAGCUUUUUAAAUGGAUGUUACAUUUUCAGUGAAAGCAGGGUCUUUAAAAACAUACCAGACCUUAUGAUCCAGAAAAAGCUGUUUCUUUUCCUCCUGCAGGGUAUUAUUUAUCUUUGGCUAAUAGAUUCAGCCAAGCCAUUUUUAUGGCCUCACAUGUUAUCAAAAAAAAAGUGUUUUUAUUGCUCAAUCUAACUACCUCCUUUCUCAACCUAUUGCAUUAAUCCUGCCUUUGGAGGCCAAGUAUAAACUAAAGUCUAGAUAAAAGGGAUUUUUUUUUUUAAACCCCAUUUGUGUUUUUCCUUUCUGUGUUAAAUUAUGAAUACGGUAAUUGGCUGUUAAUGAGAUGUAAGUGCUGUAGCCUCAGACACAUUGGGUUACUAAUGUCUCUGCACCAUUUUCAUCUGGUCCUCAUUUUCCAAACACCAGACCUAUAAUUAUGCCAAAACUUACCCAAGCCAGAGAAUAGUUUGUUUUUCCCUGUUGCUACCUACAGACCAUAAAGUUAUGGAAAGCAGACAUGCAAAACUAAUUUUAACCCCACAGUGAAAAUUCUGAGGGGCAACUCAAUAAGAUAUAAUUAAAGGUGUAUGAAUCAUAGAUUUCAGAGAUCACUGAAACAAUCUAAAAAGGAUCUGAUUCAGCUGUUGGGCUGAAUGUAUCAACCCCAUUUUGCAGAUGAAUUAGCCAUGGCUCAAAAAACUAAAACACAGAUGAAGCCGAGAUUUGAACGGGAGAUCUGACUCUGUGCCUUGUUGAGGGGGGUUGGCAGCUAUUUUUUGCGUCUCUGAAGGGUGUUUUUUUGGUUCGUGGGUUUGUUUUAUUGCAGCCUACUUUGAACUCUUUCAUUACCUGGUUGCGUGUUUUUCAUACGCUUUUAAAGCUUAAAACUGUUUGAUUUGUGCACUAUCUUUCAAUGGCCAUGUCCUUGCACCAGAUAUUUUGAUAUCUUACAUUCACAUGGGUACCUGAGUGACAAAGACCCAUGCAUUUUGUUUUGUGUAAAAAAGUCCAAGUCUCAUGUUUGCAUUGAAAAUGUCAGUCUUUGUUUCCACGCAGCGCUAAUCUUUCUAAAAAUGUCCCUCACACUGAAGGACAUCCAAAAGGCAGUAACUUAUUAGAUCCUUGGGUUCAGAUUACAAAUGUGUCUGACUAGCUCUGUGUCGAAGUUCAAAUUAUCUCGGAAUUAUUUUAAAUAUUUGUACAGGAACACUGAUUAGUUUACUAGCGUGUUGCCUCAUAACCCUCCGCUAAUAACCACCUUGGACUGUGAUUGCUAAUGGGCUCCAGCGAGCUCUCGGCAAAGGUAAUUGCUUCGGCGUUUGGCGCUGUCGUCCGAUGUCUUUACUCCAGGACUCGGAAGCGUUGAUUCAGAAAAGGAAUUUGAAACUGAUCUUGAAAACUGACUUUUUUCUUUGCACCGAAGAGUUGAAAAGGAAGUUCUGAUGAGAUCUGCGGUUUCCCUCCCAUUGGCCGUCCUGCGUGGGUGCCGAGUUCCACAUGGGAUUUCAUGGAUCGGAAGGAGAUGUCAGUGAAAAAAGGGGUCCAGAAUGAUUACUAACCCAUGACUCCCAACAGUAUGACAGAAAAUGGCCUUCCAGCCUGGGACAAGCCGAAGCAUUGUCCAGACGGCGAGCAGGACUGGAAGCUAGUGGGGAUGUCUGACGCCUGCCUGCAGAGGAAGACCUACCCUGAGAGGCGCAGCACGUUGAAAAAUGAACAGUCGUCACCGCACCUCAUCCAGGCCACCUGGACCAGCUCGAUUCUCCAUCUGGACCACGACGAUGUGAAUGAUCAGAGUGUCCCCGGUGCCCAGACCUUCCAAACGGAAGAGAAGAAAUGUAAAGGCUACAUCCCCAGUUACUUAGACAAGGACGAGCUUUGUGUGGUGUGUGGUGACAAGGCCACUGGCUAUCACUACCGCUGCAUCACAUGCGAAGGCUGCAAGGGUUUCUUUAGAAGAACCAUUCAGAAAAAUCUCCAUCCAUCCUAUGCCUGUAAAUAUGAAGGAAAAUGUGUCAUAGACAAAGUCACCAGAAAUCAGUGCCAGGAAUGUCGCUUUAAAAAAUGCAUCUACGUUGGCAUGGCAACAGAUUUGGUCCUGGACGACAGCAAGCGCCUGGCCAAGAGGAAGCUGAUCGAGGAGAACCGGGAGAAGAGGCGGCGGGAGGAGCUGCAGCGAUCCAUCGGGCACAAGCCAGAGCCCACAGACCAGGAGUGGGAGCUCAUCAAGACCGUCACUGAGGCCCAUGUGGCCACCAACGCCCAAGGCAGCCACUGGAAGCAGAAGCGGAAGUUCCUGCCAGAAGAUAUUGGACAAGCACCAAUAGUAAACGCCCCAGAAGGUGGAAAGGUCGACUUAGAAGCCUUCAGCCAUUUUACAAAAAUCAUCACACCAGCAAUUACCAGAGUGGUGGAUUUUGCCAAAAAGUUGCCUAUGUUUUGUGAGCUGCCAUGUGAAGACCAGAUCAUCCUCCUCAAAGGCUGCUGCAUGGAAAUCAUGUCCCUUCGCGCUGCUGUGCGCUACGACCCAGAAAGCGAGACGUUAACCUUGAACGGGGAGAUGGCAGUGACGCGGGGCCAGCUGAAGAAUGGGGGUCUUGGCGUGGUGUCAGAUGCCAUCUUCGACCUGGGCAUGUCUUUGUCUUCUUUCAACCUGGAUGACACCGAAGUUGCCCUCCUCCAGGCCGUCCUGCUGAUGUCUUCAGAUCGCCCAGGGCUUGCCUGCGUUGAGAGAAUAGAGAAAUACCAGGAUAGUUUCCUGCUGGCCUUUGAACACUAUAUCAAUUACCGAAAACACCACGUGACUCACUUUUGGCCAAAACUCCUGAUGAAGGUGACAGACCUGAGGAUGAUUGGAGCCUGCCACGCUAGCCGCUUCCUGCACAUGAAGGUGGAAUGCCCCACAGAACUCUUUCCCCCGUUGUUCUUGGAAGUGUUUGAGGAUUAGACUGACUGACUCAUGCUCAUGAUUCCAUCAGCACUACUGGCUGUCAUUUCAUUCCAUUGCCUCGCUCCUCUUUGUUUGUUCCUUUAUUUCUUUGUGUUGGGAGGGAUCGUUUGGGGGUAAAGGGAGGAAGUCGUUGGCAUAGACAUGGAUGAAAUUGCCCCUUGAAUGCGGGUAUUUGUAACUAUUGCAUUUUGUUCUCCAGUCCUUUGAUGUGAAUGCUUUGGAGGUUUUUACAGUUGUGGAGGUGGGGAGGGGACAAUCAUUCAUUCACCAGCACCAAGUCAUCACCAGCUCCCAUCUGUCCCGGUCAGAGACUCAAGCAAGCAAAAUGGCGAGGCAGAAGACUAAAGAAGACUUAUUACCAAGACAAUGUGGUCCCUUUGAUGCAAUCCUGAUUUUUGCAGGGCUCAGAUUAGCACAGCACAGACCACCUUUAGUUAAAUGAGGCUUUCGCUUCCAAAGGAAAGGUCUGGACAAAUUUUUAUCUAUUCAAGUGCAUGCUGUUUUUAGUACUCAUUAUUCUCUCCUCGAGCCUAACCUAGAAUCUACAGGAAUAUUUGUUUCCCUCAAAUUAGCUGUCCUUUCACUAUAAUUUUUAUAAUGAAAUUUCUCAUUUAAUUUCAUUAUUAAAAUUAUAUUGAUUUAAGUCUAGUUACACAUGGGCAUGACUCAAAAAUGUGCAGGUAUUUGACUGGUUGAGGCCAACAAGGAAAACAGUUGCCUUCAGUGAGCCCAAAAUCCUCACUAAUGUCAGUGAUUCAACAGUUUCCAAAAAUUCCACGUAGUGUUACUUCAUAGUCAGAAGGCUUCUUACAGUGUGGGCUCAGAGAAAAUUCCCACAAAAAUCAAACCUAUUUACAGAGUGUUGUCGCUAUUCAGUGACACCUAGGCCUGCAUCUCCCAAAUGCCUGAGGUUAUUCACUUGAUUGCUUCUUUGCUGACCUGACAACAAAGUGCCCGGUGGAUCAAAUCUUCUCAUCAAGGAGAGAUAGCAAGCUGAAAUUUGAGUCUUGUUCUGGAGGAAUUCUGAGGAGAGAUUAUUGUGGUUACGUUCUAAGUUGAAGGAAAUGCCGUGGUCUUAAAGCCCCCUCAGCUUCCCUCUGGCCUUAGAUCCCUCUGGUCUUUGCUCUAACACACAAGUGUUCCCAGGUCCCUUUUUCCCUCCAACUCUGAGGUGUGACUAUCACUAAACAAAGACUGGUCUGGCCACUGACCCUCUCCGUUUCUCUGAUAGCAUUGCCCUGACAGACAUUCAACAGAAAUACCCACAGACCAUUCAUAGGAACCCUCACUCACCUUCCCUGCCCAACCCACCUCCCCAAGGACAAAUGCUGAUGCAGUGUGUGCCCAGUAACAAAUGUGCCCCUGGUUGUUUCAAAGUCAGAAAGUGGGUGAAGAAUAUACCCACGCAGUUGAAUGUACCUCACCCUUCACUGGCAUGGCAGACAUAUACUAUUCUUCUGCCUGCCUUGUACUGCCUUAUCCUGGACGUACUAAGGGAAAUAAGCCAUAUUGGUAAAAUUUGCCUAAAAACCAUGUGGAUUAAUUCUUUCUUAACUGGCCCAGAAGUCAUGGUCCCUGAAUUAUAGUUUGUACUGUCAACUGAUAGAUCUGUGACCUAGAGUCUUGGCUUUCUCACCUGAUGAAUAUGUCCUGAACUCUCAAAUCCUUGCCAUACUUAAUAUGGUACUAAUUUGGGCAGGGGGAAUCAGGUGUUUUUGAUGGUUUCUUUCAUAUUCAAAUUUCUAACUCAAUUAGACAGAAAUUAUGACCAUCUUAACAGUUAAGAAAAGUAGAUUUGGUAUUGAUUCCAAAUAGGAAUUUGACAUUCUACUCACCAAUUAUUUUGAGAAAGGCAGGAUGGCUUUGGGAAAGGGAGAGGCGCAGCAUCAAAAAUCCCAAGUGUGACCAGAAAUAAUCUGGGAGGAAAAUUAUUUGUUUAAUGUGCUGAGACAAUGAUACAGUCUUCUGAGGAAAGCAAACAAGAAUGAUUCUGUGAACUCGCUAAGAGAAAAAGGAAGUAGGUGAAGAGGUGAAGAUUAUGAGCAUGAAGUUCAUGGGCAGAUUACGUGCCAUGACUUUUCUACAGACAGGUUUUUGGGGUUUAUUUUCCCUAGGCAGCCUCUAGCCAGUCUCCUCAAGUCCUCACUUUGCUAACAUCUCAGUUCCCUUCGUUGGCACUCCUUGGAGAACAAAACUGAAGCACUUAAUCACCUUCUCUGCUCCAGAGCAACUCUAAGAAGCUUUUCAGAGUGGGGCAAGUUUUCCCUCAGAAGGGAAGCAGAGGAAGGCAAGCAGAUGGGUACUGGAGGUUCAUGGACUCCUUGGGCAGCAAGGGUCCCAAGGAAGUUCUUCCCAAUUUGUUUGAAAGAGAGUCCCAGUACAUCAGAUACCCCCAGAUUUGGUAUAAGUACAGAGCCUCAUCUAAAGCUGCAUCAGAAAGCUUCCGGGAUUAACCAUGAUUGGCCAUUGGCCAGAUGGUUGGGGAGAUUGACAGUGACCCAGCCAGCCCCAAGUAAAUAUGGCUCCUUACCUGAUUGCUUUAAACAAGCAAACCACUGACCUAAAAGUCUUGCCGAAAGCUGACUCCUUUAGGCUGAAUAGGACAAGCCUUCAAGUACUUCGAUUGAAAAGCUGUAAGAUCUGAAAGAAUCAAGACCCCUAUGAGCAAAGUGACUCAUUCCUUCUGUAACUGACUGAGGUAUUUUGUGCAUCUCAAGACUCCAUCCCAUAAAACUCAAAUAGGAGGGAUUUGCUCUGGAUUUUUGUAAACAUUUUUUUCUUAUGUUGUCCAGACUUUCAAAUCAAAUGUGGACUGAUUGAAACUCCUCACAGUGGGGAGCAUCCCAGCAGAGGGGAACAAACCUGACAGCUGGGAUUCCUAUUUAUAAAUCACAACUUUUGGGGAUGAGUGCUGUGUGUGUGUGUGUGUGUGUGUGUGUGUGUGUGUGUAGCCUUCAAGUGUACUUUGCUCUUCAAUUAGACGUGUGGUGUUUCUAGAAAUAGUUUAAAAAAAAAAAAAAAGAUCUUUUCCUCUUUAUGAUUCUGCUCAAAACACCACGUGCCGCCUCUGAGCUUUUUCUAGUCAAAUGAGCCUCGGUCCUCAGUGACACACUUGCCGUGUUGAUGCCUCAGCCCAGUGACGCCCUCACCUGUGCCCUGAGUGACACCUCCUCUACCUGCAGCACAGUCGUUGGGGUGGACCGCCAGGCCCGGCUCUGCUCCAGCAUCGCCUUCUCGUCGCCCUCCUGUGACCAGGUGUGAGGCCGGGCCCUUCCUCCACACGAAGCCCCGCCCCCCGCAGACUCAGCCUCCACGAACUGCUGACGCCCUCAAAGCAUGUCACUGUCCGUGAUACAUUUUUAUUCUAUGGAACUCUAGCCCAUUCGUGUCCUGUUGACCUUUUGCUGCAUGAGUCAUAAAAUAUGAAACUGGUCUUAUGGUUUUUGAAAUGUAGCCAGCAUUUGUAAGGCUAAACCUUUUUCAUAAACUGAAUUUCAGUGAAUAACCAAGCCACCGUUCCUCUUCAAAAGGAGUGUGCUUAAAGACAUUUGAAUCUCUCUGCCCUUUCCAAUGGCUAUGGCAUCAGGUUCUAAAAUAAGCUCGUAAUUUUUCCUGUUAUUUUAAUAAUAUGGAAAUAUUAGCAUAGUGUUUCUUUUGAUAGUGAUAGACUAUAAUCCAUAUUUAAAUUUUAUAGAGAAGAAAUUUUAUUGUACUGUGAUGUAGAUAUUUAUUAUCCAGGUAAGGAUUUGCCCGGUGUGUAUUUUUUACAAUUGAAACCUUUUACUUUAAUCUUUAAAAAAAAAAAAUACAUUAAAAACACAACACACACACGCAAAAAAGACUGAGGGGGGAAAAAAGGUUUGGCCUUAUCACAGAAUUUUUACUGUGCUGUACAAAUGUUUGCAAAUGCAAAAAGUGUGCAUUUCUAGUGUAUUUCUACAUUACUUAAUGCCGCCUUCAAGAGCAAUAUCGUGCAGGUAAAACGCUGUUUGUGGCUUUCUGUUGCACAGUUAAAGCUGACCCACCUUAUGCACAAGACAAUCAGAUGCAAAAUCUGUCCUCCUCAGGAUGCAGAUAACUCUCAUGUAAAUUAUGGAGCACAAUGCAAGACAAAGGAAGACACUUUAAUUACAUGUGUAUCACUAACAUGGGAGAUAUCAGGGCAUGAAUGAGCGGACCUUAUGCCACUUCAUUCUUUCGGUUCUUCCUAAUUGGCAUUUUCCAUUUGAUUAUAGAGCCAAAUGAGCUAUCCAG